AUGGCACAUAUUCAACUUGACCCUUCACUGCUUGGGACUUUGUCCGAUAAGGUCGUGGUACUCACCGGAGGCGCGACUGGAAUCGGGCGAGCAACUAUUCAACAACUUUGCAAGAACGGUGCCCAUGUAGUCUUUGGGGACAUUGUCGAAAAAGCGUCUCGAGAACUUGAAGCCGAACUUAACCCCAAUGCCCAAUUCGUGAAAUGCGAUUCAUCAAACUAUUCCGACCAAUUGAAUCUAUUCAAAACCGCAUUUGAUAAAUACGGUCGAGUAGACAUCGUCGUCGCAAACGCUGGCAUUUCAAUCCCUCAAGACCCCUUUGACGCGAAUAGCGAUGUUACCCAAGAACCCUCGAUGAAAGAAAUCGACAUCAAUCUCGUGGGAGACAUCUUUACCGCGCGUAUCGGCAUGCAUUACCUCCGUCGGAGUGGGGGUGGAGACCUCGUUCUCGUCAGCAGCAUUGCCGGGUGGAAGGAAUGUGGGGGCUUGGUCACUUAUACAGCGAGCAAGCAUGGUGUCGUGGGGAUUAUGCGGGGCCUCCAUCUAACAGCGACCCCGGAGAAUAUUAGGGUUAAUGUUAUAUGUCCAUGGAUGACCAGAACGCGUAUGGUUCACGGAAUCGAGAAGGGCUGGUACGAGCAGAACUUGCCUGUCAAUGAACCCGAAGAUGUCGGUCGGUCUAUCUUGAUUUGUGCCACCGCAAACAGAGGCAGUGAUGGAAAAACUCAUACAGGUGCUCGUCUGCCAUUUGCAGGAAAGAUGCUGCAUGUGGCCGGUGGGCAGAGCUAUGAGAUUGAGGAUGAGAUGAAAAACCUGGAACCACUUUGGCUGGGAACUGAGAAUAGCAAGAUACUUGAAAAGGGACAGGCGUAUUUGGCUUCCGAAGGAACGAGCUGGGAUACAACCAAGUCUAAUUGA